ACUCCUAGAAUUGUAACAAUCAAAUAGUCGACCCAUUUCACCAUUGAACCAAUUCUCCUAUUCUGUGCUACAUACCCUUCAGUAAAGUCGCAACAAUGGCUCGCACAUUCCUGACAAAGAUUCUCCGCAGUGUGCCCCGCCAAUAUGGUACCCCUCGAAACUUCCUAGCGCGUGGCCGAGCAUUUCCAACCAUUCGAUCAAGCGUUAUUUAUCAACCCUUCCGCUCAAUCGCAACGUCAAAUAGAGUAGGCAAAGGACUUUCUCCAGAAUCUGAGAAUCCUCAGCCUAAGAUAUUGGAUAGCAAGGAAGAGCCAAAGCAAGCCGCCGACCUCACUCAAGAACAAUAUAACGAAUUCUCGAAUGAAUACAUGGAUACGAUUGUUGAAAAGUUAGAGGCAUUACAAGAAGAGAGAGAAGACAUUGAUGUCGAGUACAGCGUGCGUUCUUUCCCAUUGCUCAUGCAAUUUUCCCAUGAGAUACUUCCCAAAAUUGACAGAGAUACUUGCAUAGGCUGGAGUUCUUACUCUCUCAUUCCCACCCAUCGGCACGUAUGUCAUCAACAAGCAACCGCCCAACAAGCAAAUUUGGCUUUCUUCUCCAACCUCUGGUCCAAAGCGCUACGAUUUUGUGAUUACAAGCGAGGGUCAAGAUUCAAAAGAAGGCACAGGAUCAGGGGAGUGGAUAUACUUGAGAGAUGGCUCUUCUUUGAGCGAAUUGUUGUUGAAUGAAGUGGGUGUCGACUUAUCAAAUUCAUAUACCGCUGAGAUGCAAGGAGAAGAGUGAUAGGUUGAAAUAUCCAAGUAAGAUGCACAGAUGGAUUGGGCGAGCUCUUCUUGCAGCUUGCGGUUCUCUAAAUCGGACAUCAUAUGGCGUUUUAUGGCAAUGGUAUUUCACGACAUGAGAUAUUUCAUAUAGAAAAUCAUUGGAGAUAUUGUGGCAGCUUUGUAUUUUGAGCUUCAUCCAACGAUAAUGGACACAGUAUGGCUCUCUAAAUGUGUGCUCA